GUUCUGAAUGAAUUUUAACACAUUGUGAGUGAUUUUAGUCCUGUAUAGUUGACUCUGUCUGAUCUUAUUCUUCUUGAUGUUUUUUCUCAUCAUGAAGAACAACUGCUGUCUACUGUUUAUCGUUUCAUUAGUAUCACUGAGCAUUGCAGAUGAUCCUCAGCUCAGCGUGUGUACUAAUGGUUAUGACACGUACACAGUAGGACAGACCUUUAUGGAUGACACAGGAAGACAGUGUAUGUGUGGACAGGACUACAGGAUUGUCUGUGACACUAAGGAUUAUUGUGAGUACUUAGGUCAGGUCUACAAAAAGGGAUCCGCUUUCCCAGUAGGAGACGGGUGUAACAAAUGCAUCUGUGGGGCUGAUGGGACUGUAGAAUGCACAAAAGAACCGUGUUAUCCAGGUUGCAGACACCUUGGUAGGACGUACAAGGCCGGUGACCUCUUUAAGCAGGGCGAUGACUGCAAUACGUGUGAAUGUUUACCGACGGGGAAAGUCGUAUGCACAAACAAUAAGUGCUUCCCAGAUUGCUUCUUUGGUGGCAUGAAAUUCUCCACUGGUGCUGUGGUUCCCAAAGGCGAUGGCUGCAAUAGAUGCACGUGCAUGGUCACUGGAGACAUGUUUUGUACGCAAGACUCUUGUGAACCUAAAUGUGAAGUUAACGGAAGGGUGUACAAAAUUGGACAGAAAUUCCGUAAAGGAGACGGGUGCAAUAACUGUGUAUGUAUGCCGGGAGGAAUCGCGCAAUGUACCAAUGCAAUUUGUUCUCCAGAUUGCUUUUUUGAGGGAAUAUAUUACACGAAGGGUGACAUUUUUGACAAGGGUGAUUCAUGCAAUACAUGCAAAUGCUUGAUGGACGGAACUAUACAAUGUACAGAAAAGUCAUGCUUUCCAGACUGUUACAAUCAAGGUAUCAGAUACAGAGCUGGUGAUACCUUCAAGCCCGAUCCUUGUAACACGUGUUGGUGCAUGGUGACAGGAAACUUUAGCUGUACUGAAUUCGCCUGUUAUCCAGAUUGUCUGUACAUGGGGAAAGUCUACAAAUCUGGGGUCAACUUUCCAAAGGGUGACAAAUGCAACACGUGUAUUUGUGCUACAUCCGGUGAAGUCAGAUGUACUGAUAUCAACUGUGGUGCAACUUAUCCCACAAAAACCAGUGUAACAUACGACAAGCCGCCCAGAUGUACCCACAAUACUCAGGAUUACGCUUCCGGUCAGGUGAUUCCAGCUGGAGAUGGCUGUAACAUGUGCACCUGUCAACCAGACGGCUCCAUGUCCUGCUCUAACUACCCCUGUAUCUCAGAUGACGACAGAUAAACCACCAAUAAGAGAAAGACCAGUACUCCAUAAUAAUUCAAUAUCUGAAAUCCAUUUAGCUGCGUAUAAAUGUCCAUUUCGUGUUUUUUCAUAAUCAUUCCUCAUUAUUUAUUAUCCUAAUGUUCAUUUGUUGUGUUUAUCAAUAAAUAGUGUCAACAGUU